AUGGCAAAGGAUAACUAUGGCAACAGCAGCAGUGGUACAUUCACAGGUACUUCUGAAACUGAAUGGCUGUUAGAAGACGAUAAGAGGAAAAUGACUGCUUCUCCAGAGAAUACCUUGCCAAAGUACUACUUCCCAAAGAGGUUCUAUAUGCUGAUACUUGGCACAUUGGGUCUGACACUAUGUUAUAUCCUUCGUGUCAUUGUAUCAGUCACAGUAAUCCCCAUGUCGGCGGAGUACCACUGGGGCGACACAUAUAAGGGCUUUGUACUGUCAGGAUUCUUUAUGGGAUACCUGGUGCUACAGAUGCCAGCCACCUACUUCUGUAAUAGGUUUGGUGGCAAGCGAGUAAUGUUCACAGGUAUCACAUUCUCAUUGGCAAUGACUGCUCUGGCGCCAUUGGCUGCACAGAACAAAGUUGCCAUUAUGAUAUGUCGUGUGAUGACAGGUAUCUCACAGAGUAUUGCCUUCCCCACGAUGAACUGGCUGAUAAAGCGUUGGUUCCCGACUUCUCAGCGAUCGUCCUCAGCCUCUCUCAUCUGGUCAGGAGUGUACAUUGGUAUCAUCAUUGGCAAUGUAACAACACCAGUUAUAGUAUCAGAGGUCAACUGGCAGGCAGCCUUCUAUAUAUUCUCAGGUCUUGGUCUGUUGUGGUCGCUGGCGUGGCUGCUGUUGAUUAAGGAUGAGCCAAAGAAUGUUUGGGGCAUACAUCCAGCAGAGUUGCUGCUCAUUGAGCAGGACAUCAACCCAGACAAGCAACACCUGGUACUGAACAACCCAGUGUACAGCUCAAUGUCGACAAAGAGUGAUGAGUUGGGCUUCUUUGAGGUGUCGCGUCGUCUCUUCCGCGACCGCGCCAUCUACGUCAUUAUAUUCUUCUCAAUCACAACGCAGUGGGGCAACUACCUGCUGCUGAUGUGGUAUCCGACCUGGCUCAAGAACCAGGCCAACAUCCCUGUCGGUCCACUCAUGUCGCUCUUCACCGCACUGCCCUACGCAUUCUCAUUCGCCUUUGCCAACAUCAGUGGCGUGGUGACCGAUCGUCUGUUGGCGCGUGGCUACAAGAAGAUCUAUUUGCGCAAGUUCUUUGGAGUGCUGGCGGCAUUAGUGCCAGGCGUAUGCAUGCUCCUAAUGAACUACCUUCCAAUGGCUGCCACACUCAAGCUGGUCGUGAUGACCACCUCCAUCUCAUGUGGAGGCUUCAACACACAGAGCAAUCAGAUCGCCACCUUUGACAUUGCUCCAAACAGUGCCAUUGUUACAAUGGGUAUUACCAACUUCUUUGCAACUAUCCCAGGUAUACUUGGACCAUUGCUGGCAGGAGUGAUGCUGACAGCGUUCAAUGGAAGCUGGGGACCUAUAUUCUUGAUCUCCUCAGUUUGUUAUCUCGCUGGAGGAUUGGUCUGGUUGUUAUUUGCAAAGACCGACAAGGUUGUCUAA